AGUGGGGUUUUUUCUGGCGCCGGCCGACUUGCAACACAUCUUUACUGUAGUACUCAACCUUACUUCAAGUGCUCUCGCUGCUUGUCUCUGCAAAGUCCACCAUGAGUGCUUCUCCAAAGACCAAGGACGGCCGCCAUGCCUCCCCAGCGCCGCGCAAGUCUUCAGGUCCCUUUCCACCGAGCCCACUGCAGACUGCCAGCGGCGCAAAGCCCACACUCGAGGAAACACGGCGGCCGUCGACGAUCCAGUUUCUGGCGCACAGGAAUGCAUCAUUACCGAGAGGCACACCCAGACCCCGCGAGCGACGUCGGCUAUCGUCGCCGCCGCCUCCACCUGUCUUCCAGAACCGAGUGUCUUUUGACACAUUUGACAAACCCGCCGACUUUAUAGAAGAGAGCUCCUUCACACUCAUUGCCAAACACAAAGAUUACGAGUACACGAAGCGCUCACGGACGUUCCUGUGCGGUUUCGACGAGAACGAGUAUUCAGUAUAUGCCCUUCAGUGGCUCAUUAACGAGCUGGUGGACGACGGCGACGAGAUAGUAUGCCUGCGUGUAGUCGAAAAAGAAGACGCAAUAGCCGGAGACCGCAGUGUCGAGUCGGGCCGGUACCGUGUUGAGGCUGAGAACACAAUGGCAGAUAUACAGAGCCGCAAUCAUGACAACAAGGCUAUCAACCUGAUAUUAGAAUUUUCAAUAGGCAAGGUCAACAAGGUCAUAGACGACAUGAUCAAUCUCUACGAACCCGCAAUUUUAGUAGUUGGUACAAGAGGCAAGAGUCUAGGUGGCUUUCAAGGGUUGCUUCCUGGAAGUGUGUCAAAGUAUUGUCUACAGCAUUCGCCAGUCCCUGUCAUCGUUGUCCGUCCAACAUCCAAACGCGACAAGGCAAAGAGCAAGCGCACGAACGAUCCCGAUAGGCAGGGUUACCGAGAGCUUCUUGCGAAGAGCGAAAGACUGCCAGAGUAUGACAGCCCCCGAAACACCUUCUUUGCGAACGAAGAAGAGGCAGCGUCGGUUGGAGCGGCCGCAACAGCACCUAAGCCUGUCGCAGAUACAGCACACCCCUUGGCGCAGGUUGAGCAUGCGCAAGAUAGCAGCGACGAUGAGCUGGAGACGGGCAACAGCGAUGCAUUGCUCGGAGAUGAUCCACGAAGUCCAGGUCCGAUGAUGAAGAGUCCACAUCUACAAAAUCUCGACAGCCCCGAACUGAGCAGCCAAUCCAGCAGUGAGGAUGAAGACGAACGGGGCGAAGGCUCAACAAUGACUGGAGUGUCUACUGUAGAUCUGGCAUCGCAGAAUGCUGAUGCAAGCACCGAAGAACCCAAGCCGGCAGAAAGUCCCGAGCCGCAGGAGAGCUCCAAGUUGUACGUGGACAGUCUCAUAAAAGCAGCUCAGGAGGGGUCUGAAGCCGCGGCACCCGCUGGAAAGAGUGCACCAGAAUCAUAGUUUACUAGCAAUACCCAUGUUGAUUUGUGGUCUCCAAGGCCAUGUUCUGGUGCCCUACAAUACGUACUUGGAUUUGCAUUCUCUCUGAUAGACUCUAGUGCAGUGGCAUGUGGGGGUGCUUGGCCCGUUGAUCCCUGCCUGAUCGACAUGAUGACGUUUCAUGUGGCUGUGGGCUGCGGGUGCCACAGCUCGCCGGCGCGUUCCUGGCUGCGGCCGCCUCGGACUCGGACAGGCCCUCAGUUCAGUCG